AUGAAAUGCUCAGGUUGUUUGAAAGCAUCUAAAGAUAUAAAUAGCAUAAAAUGUGGCGGCGCUGCCUGCGACAAACAAUUCUGCUCAAUGUGUAUAAACAUAGGUACAAUGUCAAAUGAGAAGAAAAAAAACUGGAGAUGCCCCGACUGCUGUGCCAUGAAAAAAAAAGGUGGUGAUAACAGCCUGACUCCUGUUCGGCCGGCUGAUGAGAACAUUACAUUGAGGAAAAAGCAUGAUGAAUCGCCCGAGGACAAUCUACAUGCCGAGGUUAAGGAGCUCACAGAAGAAGUUCGUCUUCUUACGCGAGAAAUAACUUCACUAAAGGAGCGCCUAGAAAGUGCCACGUCAUCUAUGUCAUGCUGUCAGGCAAGACUAGAGGAAUUAACGACUUCAAUAGCCACCAAUGACUUUAGAAUAAAGAGUCUGGAAAAUCGAGACAAGGAGGUUAAGAUACUUGAAAACAAGGUAUUGGAACUGCAACAAGAAGUAAAUACCCAAUCGCAACAACAACUGUGCAACGAAUUAGAGCUGGCGGGUAUCCCCGAAUCAAACAACGAAAACCUGCACCACAUUGCACUACUAGCUGCGAAAAAGGUAGGUGUCGACCUGGCUGAUGACGACAUUGACUGGGUGACAAGAGCUGGACCUCACAUUAAGCGUGCUGUUAAUCCCAAUAGCGAUGUAAAUAGUACUAGACCUAUUGUAGUGCGUUUUCUACGUCGCAGUAAGCGAGAUCAACUAAUAAAGGCCUCGAAAACAAGACGCAAUGUCACGAGCAGCGAUCUGGAUGUACCAGGCAAAUCAUAUAAAAUCUACUACAAUGAACGCCUGACGAAAGAAAAUAGAUUGCUUUUUCGAACUGCGCGCUCAAAAGCAAAGGAACAUCAAUACGCCUACUGCUGGGUCACACAUGGUAAAAUAUUUCUCAAACAGAAAGAAGGGAAAGCAGCACUGCACAUAGUCCGGCUAAUCAACCAGCUGGUGAAACGUCGCGGUGAGCGGUUGUCUCCUUCCGCCCUGGACUGUCUGCUCACCCUAAAGAUACGGGACAUCGAUAUGGAUGCUGAGGCCGAAAUCAAGAACAAAAAGCGUAUAGACGAGAAACAUAAAAAGAGAAUCGUUAACUUGUCUAAGAAAGAGAAAAAGCGCUCCAAAAAGCUGAAAGAAGUAGAGCGAGAGUUGCUAGAGACGCAAGCGCAGGAGAGUGAGAUGUCGCGGCGUAAGCAGCUGACGGAGGUGACGAAGACGGUGUUCCACAUCUACUUCCGGCUGCUGAAGACAGCUCCUCGCUCGCAGCUGCUGGCCGCAGCGCUAAACGGACUUGCCAAAUUCACCCACGUGAUAAACCUGGAGUAUUACUCGGACCUGGUGUCGAUCCUGGGCCAGCUGCUGUCGGACGAGCUGGUGGGGCCGCGCGAGCGCCUGCUGUGCGUGCGGACGGUGCUGGCCAUCCUCGCCGGCUCCGGGGACGCGCUCAACGUGGACCCCGCCAAGUUCCACGCCUACCUUUACUAUGCCAUGCUCGGAGUUCAUGCUGGUUGUAGUCACGAGCACGCGCCCAUAGUCAUAGAGGCGGUGAGCCUGGUGUGCGGUCGCGCCCGGCGCGUGUCCGCGGGGGUGCUGCAGGCCUUCGCCAAGCGCCUCGCCACGCUCGCCACGCAGCUGCAGCACAACGCCGCCCUCGCCUGCCUCUCUCUGCUGCACGCGCUCACGCAGCAAAGUAAGGCCGUCGCAUCUCUGCUGGAGCUGGACGGCGAGCUGGGGUCGGGGCGCUUCGACCCGAGCCUGUCGUCCCCCGAGCACUGCAACGCGCACAGCGCGCGCCUGCACGAGCUGCACGCGCUGCGCCGCCACCACCACCCCGCCCUCAGCCGCGCCGCCGCCCUACUGCUGCGGGGCGCCCCGACCGACCACAACAACAUGACUCCUCUACAAAUAUUUGAAGCAUACGACGGAUCGCAAAUGGCGUUCAAGCCCGCCGUGCCGCCUCCCAAACGUACCGAGACACUCAAACAGAAGAAAAUCACACCUACCCACAUCUGGGCACAAAACUCCUUGAAAGAAUUUUGUGAAACUGUUGAAAAUAGUGUUAACAUGGACAUCAUUACUGAAAGAUAA